AUGGCCACUAACAGCAGGGGAGAGGGAGACAGGGUGGGGCAUGGGAACACAUUUUGUGCCCUUCCCAGGCUUUUGGGAGGGUCCCAGCAGAUAAUGCAGAUGCUAUUAUGGCCACUGCCAUAUCUAGAAAGCCUUGGGACAUGGAGACCUGGCGCUGACCUUCUGUAUAAUUUCAGAUCUCAAUUUAUCAGAACCUGCCCCCGCAGGGGCGGGGCAGCCAGCAAGUUACUAAUUCAUUCCCACAUGCUCUCAAGUUCAGAAGCCAGCCUGGCAGCCACUGGAGUCAAAAUGAAGAUCCCGGCCUCUGUCCACAUCUGCGGCACCAUGCUGGCCCUGCUCUCACUGCUGGCUGUCCUCCAGACUGCCACAGCCCGCAAGAAUGACAUCGACAUCUACAGCCUCACCGUGGACUCCAAGGUGUCAUCCCGAUUUGCCCACACGGUCGUCACCAGCCGGGUGGUCAACAGGGCCGAUACUGUGCGGGAGGCCACCUUCCAGAUGGAGCUGCCCAAGAAAGCUUUCAUCACCAACUUCUCCAUGAUCAUCGAUGGUGUGACCUACCCAGGGAACAUCAAGGAAAAGGCUGCAGCCCAGGAGCAGUACCACGCGGCUGUGGCCAAGGGAGAGAGUGCCGGCCUUGUCAAGGCCACUGGGAGAAAGACAGAGCAGUUCCAAGUGUCAGUCAGUGUGGCUCCGGCUGCCAAGGUCACCUUUGAGCUGGUGUAUGAGGAGCUGCUCAAGCGGCAUCUGGGGGUGUAUGAGCUACUGCUGAAAGUGCAGCCCCAGCAGCUGGUCAAGCACCUGCAGAUGGACAUUCACAUCUUCGAGCCCCAGGGCAUCAGUUUCCUGGAGACAGAGAGCACCUUCGUGACCAACGAGCUAGAAAAGGCCCUCACCACCUCACAGAACAAGACCAAGGCUCAUAUCCAGUUCAAGCCAACGCUCUCCCAGCAGCAAAAGUCUCCAGAGAAGCAGGACACAGUCCUAGAUGGCAACUUGAUCAUCCGCUAUGAUGUGAACCGGACCCUCUCUGGGGGCUCCAUUCAGAUUGAGAACGGCUACUUUGUGCACUACUUUGCCCCAGAAGGCCUGCCCACAAUGCCCAAGAAUGUGGUCUUUGUCAUUGACAAGAGUGGCUCCAUGAGUGGCAGGAAAAUUGAGCAGACCCGAGAAGCCCUGAUCAAGAUUCUGGAUGACCUUAGCCCCAAAGACCAGUUCAACCUCAUAGUCUUCAGCAUGGAGGCAACCCAGUGGAAGCCAUCACUGGUGCCAGCCUCGGCCGAGAACGUGAACGAGGCUAGGAGCUACGCGGCCAGCAUCAAGGCCCAGGGAGGGACCAAUAUCAAUGACGCGAUGCUGAUGGCCGUGAAGCUGCUGGACAAUGACAACCGGAAUGAGCUGCUGCCCGCGGGGAGCGUCUCACUUAUCAUCCUGCUCACUGACGGCGACCCCACCGUGGGGGAGACCAACUCCACGAAGAUCCAGAAGAAUGUGCAGAAAGCCAUAAGUGACAAGUACAGCCUCUUCUGCCUGGGCUUCGGCUUUGAUGUCAGCUACAGCUUCCUGGAGAAGAUGGCGCUGGACAACGGUGGCCUGGCUCGGCGCAUUUAUGAGGACUCAGACUCCGCCCUGCAGCUCCAGGACUUUUACCAGGAGGUGGCCAACCCACUGCUGGAGGCGGUGGCCUUUGAGUACCCGAGCAACGCUGUGGAGGAGGUCACGCAGGACAACUUCCGGCUCCUCUUCAAGGGCUCAGAGAUGGUAGUGGCUGGGAAGCUCCGGGACCAGAGCCCUGAUACACUCUCAGCCAAAGUCAUCGGGCACAUGCAUAAACAGAACAUCACUUUCCAAAUGGAGUCCAGUGUGGCAGAGCAGGAGGAGGAGUUCCGGAGCCCCAAGUAUAUCUUCCACAACUUCAUGGAGAGACUCUGGGCAUACCUGACCAUCCAGCAACUGCUGGAGCACAGUGUUUCUGCGUCAGAUGCUGAACGGCAGGCCCUCAAGACCCGAGCUCUGAACUUGUCACUCAGCUACAGCUUUGUCACACCUCUCACAUCUAUGGUGGUCACCAAACCUGAGGGCCAAGAACAGUCUCAAGUUGCUGAGAAGCCCGUGGAAGAAGAAAACAGACACAGGAAAGUCUACUCAGGAGGCAGCUAUGCAGACCCUUCCUUUGUCCUAAGAAGAGGAUUCAGUAGACAAGGAGUGGCCAGAUUCCCACCGGGUUUCGGAGUUGGAGUUGGUGGCUUGCCGGAGAGAUCUGGAUUCCGUGGACCUCCUCAUGCCCCAGAUGCUCCUCUUCCUCCUUAUCCCUCUCACCAUCUGACCCAUGCCUCGCUACCCAGCAUGGCCUUCUUAGUGCCUGAUUCAGCACUACCAGCUGAGCCUGAUCAAGCCAUGUUGCAUGUCGUGGAUACAAGAAUCAAAGAAACAACCACGACAGUGCCCGCAAGUGAGUUGCCAGCCCCCAGCACCCCUCCCUAUCCAUGCCCCCCAGCCUGCUCUGCCUGUCCCAGGAACUGUGUACUGGCUGUCCCAGCCCCCAUCCAGGCUCCUUCAGUUAUCCUGCCGCUGCCUGGGCAGAGCGUGGACCGGCUCUGUGUGGACAUCAAGCAAUCUCAGGGACCAAUGAAUCUGCUCUCAGACCCUACCCAAGGGGUUGAGGUGACUGGCCAGUAUGAGACGGAGGAGGCUAGGUUCUCAUGGAUUGAGGUGACCUUCAAGAAUCCCCAGCUGCAGGUUCAUGCAUCCCCUGAACACGUGGUGGUGAUUCGGAACAGAAGAAGCUUUGCGUAUAAGUGGAAAGAGACGCUGUUCUCGGUGAUGCCCAGCCUAAAGAUGACCAUGGACAAGACGGGUGUCUUGCUGCUCAGUGGCCCAGACAAAGUGACCAUCGGCCUAUUGCCAUGGGAUGGACCCGGUGAGGGGCUCCGGCUCCUUCUGCGUGACACUGACCGCUUCUCCAGCCACGUCAACGGGACUCUUGGCCAGUUUUACCAGGACGUGCUCUGGGGGCCCUUAGAAGCGGCAGACGACAGCAAACGCACUUUGAGGGUUCAGGGGAACGACCAUUCUGCCACCAGAGAGCUCAAGCUGGAUUACCAGGAGGGACCCCCAGGAACAGAAAUUUCCUGCUGGUCUGUGGAGCUGUAGUUCUGAUGGGAGGAGCUAUGGCCCCCCCACCUCAUGCCACCCCACUGAAUGCAGAUGGCUGGCAACCUGCAACCAGAGGGCCACCUGUGGGGCCUGGGGAGGGGGAUUCCCAUUCAUUACAAAUAAAGGUGGGCAUAUCUGACUCCAUCUGGCUAAA